AUGAGCAGUAUUCCGGAUUACCACCGUACGACAAAUAAUGCAUGGAAUCCGUUCCGACCCGUGCUUAAUCAACGAGAACCCGACGAAAAGCCCUGGGAAGCGCCAUCGAAAGAGACAAUGAAGACAAGACAAGAUUUCCGCGAAUCUGUUUUUCGAGAAACUCCCGAUCAUCGCAGAAUACAUCCCCAUGGAGGGUUGGGAGACACUGGACGAAAUAUUCUCUACGUCCUUCACGAUCGGCAGUGCUACGGGUUCCACGGACUAACGCGGCAGCGGCACAUUUUACAAGGAGAAGCCGAACGCAAGCGCGAUUCCCCAUCGACUGUGUUUGAUUCGCCAGUUAGUACGACCGCAACAUCGCUCUACACUUCAGCAUCUACCGAGCGGGCAAGGUCGGACAAUAGUCUCGCCCACGAAGGCUCAAGUGACGGUAUGAAUACCAAAUUUGAUGUCGAUCAAAAGCAACAUCUAGAGCGGAGGGUGAGCUAUCCCCGCCGACUCAUACAAGAAGUCAGGACCUUUGCGGAAUACUGCUCCGCCGUGAAAUCUCACUCGGCAUUUUUAAUGCACCUCGGAGGAGGCGAUGAAAUCGAUGAAGACGGAAACCGCCCUCAGUCUUCAACGGCAGUCAGUACCAUUUCCGUCGCAUUUUCACCGGAUGGUAAAACAAUGGGGUCGACGCACGGAGAUCAUACGGUCAAGAUAUCCUGUUGCCAUACUGGUCGGCUGUUGCAGAGCUUGGAAGGGCAUCCUCGGACGCCUUGGACUGUCAAGUAUCAUCCCAGUGAUUCCCGCAUUGUGGCGUCCGGAUGUUUGGGCUAUCAAGUACGCAUUUGGAAUUGGAAAGAGAGGGCAUGUUUGCAAAUGGUCCGUUUGGAAUUUGCCAUAAUCAGUAUUAGUUUUCAUCCAACAGCUAAUAUUCUUGCCAUUGCAAACGGCUCGAGAUUACAUUUCUGGGGGAUCAAGGAGCAAGCGCAAACGCCGCUAUCGUCGCCCGCUGGUACUCGCACCGCCCAGCCCAUCGACCGGUCAUCUUUGUUGACGGAAUUUGAUCAGCGGCACAUGCUUCGUUGCGUCCACUUCCCCCCUGGGGGAAGAUCCAUUAUCAUUGGUGGAGUCAAUACAAUCAACGAAGACCCUCGGCGACGGAACCGAGGAGGGAUUGGGGGUGGUGGCCUGAGUUUUUAUUUGCGCAUGUGGGAUUUUGAUCCCGACGUAGCCUUGCAGGGAAGCGGAGCUUUAAGUGUCAUGGCCGGGAUAGCUAUUCCGAAACGAGCUAUUGGCAACCCGCGCUUGUUUGUUCCUAGAGCGCUCCUGUACAACGAUGGAGGCUUUGAUGUUUCUCCCGAUGGAAAGACGCUCUGCGCUUGUGCUGAGCUUUGGCUACCAGAUGGAGUGGACAACGCAAUGGAAUUGUUACAGGAAGAACAGCGAGCGUAUGAAGUUGAGCUAGGCGAAAGUGAACGCUCACGCCAUGAACUUGCUGCAUCUGAUCCCAAUGGCUCACAAUCUACGGUACCUGCCGCUGCAGUAUUCGAGGGGCUUACAACAUGCAACGUUCCGUCCAUUGGUACGCCUUCUUUGGCGGCCACUUCUUCCGGGCCACGCACCCCUAAACUUCCCAGAACCCCGACACGAGAUUCUGUUUCAGAUACUCUUCCAGCAUCACAGGAGUAUAUCCCCAGGACUCCAGAAAACCCUAGAGAAGUCCCCAGAAAUGGAGGCCUAUCACCCCCUUCACCUCCAGGUAGACGCUUUACCGGUGUAUUUCAUCAACCUCGUGAAAUCGUAAGCACAAGCGGGCAGCAACCAGUGUCAGAUAUAAGGAGCUCAAUUCGCGGAUUGGCAACUCCUUCCGCUCCUACACCGCCCGCGCCUGGUGGGCCAGGAAGCCGUCCCCUGCAUCCGUUGUCGGUUCAACAGGUUCGGCGUGGAAAAUCGUUGGGCCCUGUCGCCAAGGGAUACCUUCCUCGCAUGGGGCAAUUGCUUGAAGCUUGUCCUUUGGAUGGUGCCAAGGCUUCUGCUGUGACCUGCGUUAAGUUCUCACCGUCAGCUGACUUUUGUCUGAUUGGGUACGGUGUGCGCGAGCCAGUCGUCGAAGGUGGUUGCCAUUUUCAUCCAGUGACGGCUUUAUACCGCAUUCGUGGCGGGAUGACACAUGUUUCAACUAUGCUUUCCAGCGACGAUGAUGUCAAUAUAGCUCGGUUCCAUCCCGACUCUGGUCACGGAUUUGUGUAUGGUACAAAGCAAGGCCGUGUGCGAGUUCUGAGUCCGAGACCGUGGAUGUUUUAUACUUGCUAAGAUAGGAGGCGCUUUGUACACACUGGUUUGUCUCUUGCUUGCGUGUCUUGGGUUUGCCGUUAAGCAUCGCCUAAGUCAAAAGAUCAAUAAGCACAAGGAUGUAGACGUCAUUUUUAACAUAAAAAUGGAUAUUCAUACAG